AUGGAUUCUUAUAAUGAAACCAAGUACAAGGAAUUAAAGAAGAAGUAUGCUAUUCUAAUGAAAGUAUAUCUUAUUUCUUAUUGUAAUAGCAAUAUCAAAUGAUUUAAUAAGAAUAUGAAAAAGUUAAUGGUGAAUUAGCAGAAUCUAAUUAAGAGAAAAGAAUUCUUCAAAAUCGAAUUAAUGAAAUAUUAGGAAAAUAAAGUGAAGACAAUUGA